AUGGUCUGGCCCUUCUCGAGCUCCGGCACAGAUGCCUCUGCAAAGCAACAACCACAAACCAUAUCCACUACCUCAGCUCCGAUACAAAAACCCGACCAUGUACCGACGCAAACCAUAGAGCAUCAACCUGCCUCCGCCCCCAACGAUCCCGACUUCUACGCCGCCCACCCACACCUCGCACCACCCUCUCUCUCCACAAACAGCACAUCGUCCUCGUCAACCUCGCAAAACUCCUCUGCCCCCGAUGCCCCUGAGGAAUUCGACCCCACCCUUCCACGCUCCAUGUCCUGCCGCGCAGCCUUCGACAGCGCCUUCUACUGCUCCUCGCUGGGCGGCCACUUCAACGACAUAUACCGUUACGGACAACUGCGCAGUUGCUCCGACCACUGGAACGAUUUCUGGUUCUGCAUGCGCACCAAGAAUAGUUAUAGCGGCCAGGACGUCAAGGAGAGGAUGAUUCAGGAUCGGUAUCGCGAGAAGGAGGAGAGGGUAAAGAGUGGCCCGAAUAGUGAAGACGUUUGGAGGAAGAGAGGACCUGGAGAGGAGGUCAAGGGAGCAUUUAGUAAGAGUGCGGAGGAGUUAGGUGCAUGA